GGAGAGAGGGAGAGAGGCGCAGUCUGCCCUCCAAAUCCCUGGGAGCAUCAUCAUUCCGCCGAGAGAAGCCACUCUCUAACAAGCUUCCAACCACUGCGAGAUGACUGGCAGGGGAGCUGAGCCAGAGGCAGCAGCAGCAGCAGGAGCUGGAGGAGCAGCGACCAUCGCCCUGUAGAGAGACAGACAGACAGACAGACAGACAGGCAGACAGACAGACAGCACCACCACCACCCAGGAAAUUAACCAGACACAGCAAAACUGAGCCAACCAGCCCCUCUCUUGCUCCUUGCCCCCAGCCCAAGCCGGAUCCAAAGUCAAGUUCCCCAUCUGAGCCUCUCCCCCCAGCCACCCUCCCACCCAAAGUGAAGGGGGGGACACCGACCGGGGGAGGGAGCAGUUAACCCUUUGUGUCCCCCAAGGAAGACAUCCAUCCUAAGCCAAGGAACAGACCUUUCGAGAGUGCUGAGAGCUGGAUAACGACCAUGAUCCUUUUCUCACCGCGCAGCGUUUUACUCUCAGUCUAUUACCCUCAGAUUUUCCUCAUCCUUACCAGUGGAAGUUACUUAGCUUUGUCAUCUGUGGUGGCUUUAGGAGCAAACAUAAUCUGCAACAAAAUCCCAGGCUUGGCCCCUCGGCAGCGAGCAAUCUGCCAGAGCCGUCCUGAUGCCAUCAUAGUGAUCGGAGAAGGGGCCCAGAUGGGGAUCAAUGAAUGCCAGUACCAGUUCCGAUAUGGCAGGUGGAACUGCUCAGCCCUGGGAGAGAAAACAGUCUUUGGUCAAGAGCUUCGAGUAGGAAGCAGGGAAGCCGCUUUCACCUACGCCAUCACUGCUGCUGGGGUUGCGCAUGCCGUCACUGCUGCCUGCAGCCAGGGAAACCUAAGCAACUGUGGCUGUGACAGAGAGAAACAAGGUUAUUACAACCAAGAGGAAGGGUGGAAGUGGGGAGGCUGCUCCGCUGAUAUCAGAUACGGCAUUGAAUUCUCCAGGAGGUUUGUUGAUGCCAGAGAAAUCAGAAAGAGUGCUCGGAGGCUGAUGAACUUGCACAACAAUGAGGCUGGAAGAAAGGUGCUUGAAGAGAGAAUGAAACUGGAAUGCAAAUGCCAUGGGGUUUCUGGUUCCUGCACAACCAAGACCUGUUGGACUACGCUCCCUAAAUUCAGAGAGAUUGGAUAUAUUUUGAAAGAAAAAUACAACGCCGCUGUGCAGGUGGAAGUGGUGAGAGCCAGCAGGCUUAGGCAGCCCACUUUUCUGAAGAUCAAGCAGAUCAGAAGUUACCAGAAACCAAUGGAAACCGAUCUGGUAUAUAUAGAUAAGUCACCCAACUACUGCGAAGAAGAUGCUUCCACUGGGAGCGUGGGGACACAGGGACGCCUCUGCAACCGCACCUCACCCAGCGCCGAUGGGUGUGACAUGAUGUGCUGUGGGAGGGGCUACAACACCCAUCAGUACACCAAAGUUUGGCAGUGUAACUGCAAGUUCCACUGGUGCUGCUUUGUGAAAUGCAACACUUGUAGUGAGCGGACAGAGGUCUUCACUUGUAAAUAACAGCUAAUGUUCCUACUUUCUAAAAGACUCAGCCGCCACGUGUUAGAGUGGAACAAGACAACUACAGCAUCAUUUUGCACAUUUAAUUUUCUUGGAGGAGGAGGCCAGUCUUUUUCCUAUUACUUCUUAAUAACACAUUCAAGAACGAUGCGUUAACUUGCUGACUAGCUGCUUUCACUACAUUGGAACCAGGGUCGAUGGGAUGAAUUGCACGGUGACUUCGUUCAGUGCAAGCAAGUUCCUCUGUGGUUCCCCCACCCCGCAAAAAACCCUGCAGCCUGGGUUUUGUAGAGUUUUGUUCUUAGAUUAAAUUAUACGUAUCACACACAGCGAGUCCAGGAGGUUAUUUUCAGAUUUAUAACGCACACAAAUAUGUGCAGAUAAGACCUUUAUCUUAUUAAAAAACAAAUGAGGAAUUUAACUGUACACAGAGAAACCUAAAAUCCCAGCAGUGUUGCUGAAAAACUUUUAUUUCUAAGAAAAGAAAAGAAGCAAAAGCAGGUAAAGGGCAGCUGGUGAGACAGUGAUGGAAAAUAGGGACGAGGGUGGAAGCUCAGCCAUUGACUUAUUUGUGAAACAAAGGUCAGGACAAAGGACAAAGCUCUGACAGCUGCAGGUGACACUGGAACCUUUUGAAUGGACAUUUGAAGAAAAAAAAUAUUUUAUUUAUGUUUUUAAUAGCAUCAAAACAAAUUCUCUAAGCACUAACGGGUAGCUAUGUCUUUACUCUGUACUAAAUGUAAACUUACUGGAA